AUGACUGCUAGUCACGCGCCAGUUGCUUGUUUAACGCCGAUUGUUAUCCCGCGCCAGUUCCUCUUCUGCACUCAUUCUCAUCCUGCGCCGAUUGCUGUUUCCACAAUGACUGCUAGUCACCGCGCCAGUUGCUUGUUUAACGCCGAUUGUUAUCCCGCGCCAGUUCCUCUUCUGCACUAUUCUCAUCCUGCGCUGAUUGCUGUUUCCACAAUGACUGCUAGUCACGCGCCAGUUGCUUGUUUAACGCCGAUUGUUAUCCCGCGCCAGUUCCUUGCACUCAUUCUCAUCCAGCGCCGAUUGCUUUCCUCUUCUGCACCCAUUCUCAUCCUGCGCCGAUUGCUGUUUCCCACAAUGACUGCUAACGCGCCAGUUGCUUGUUUAACGCCGAUUGUUAUCCCGCGCCAGUUCCUCUUCUGCACUCAUUCUCAUCCUGCGCCGAUUGCUCGUCUCGCGCCGGUUGCUCGUCCAGUGCCUAUUGCUCGUCCCACGACGAUUCCUUGUUCCGCAUUCCAAAUAAAAUUGUUUCUUUCAUUCUUUCUUUGUUUGUCUUUCUUUUUAUUUGUAUCUCCAAAAUACUUUCGUUCGUUUAAUAUUUAUUUCCUUUCUUUCAUUCUGUCGUUUUACGUCCAUUACAAAAGUCUUUCUUUCUUUCUUUUAUCCUUUAUAAUAAUCUAUCUCAGUCGGUUCAUAUCUAUCUAUCUAUCUAUCUAUCUAUCUAUCUAUCUAUCUAUCUAUCUAUCUAAACCUGUUCUUUAUCUAUCUAUCUAUCUAUCUAUCUAUCUAUCUAUCUGGCAAAGUCUGUUUGUUAUCUAUCUAUCAUACUAUCUAAUAGCCUCCUGUUCAUUAUAUGUCUAUCUAUGUCAAUUCAAAACUAACUAUCUAUCUAUCUAUCUAUCUAUCUAUCUAUCUAUCUAUCUAUCUAUCUAUCUAAAUGCCUGUUCAUUAACUAUCUAUCAACCUAUCGAAAUAAAUAUCACAUACCUCCUCAAUUAUCUGUCUAUUUGCUCUUCUUUAUCUUUUAACGACCACGUUCGCCUUGCGCUCUCAAUCAGUUGUGCCAACAAUCCGAGGCGCCUUUUCUUCACCAGCAAAAGAAAUCAGAGCUGCCUCUUUUAA